UGAUGCUCUUCUUCAUGACAGCUACCGGUGACCUCCGGUGUAGUAAAUCAGGAUUUUUAGCUUGCACGUUGUUGCCGUGUCAUUCACGACAGAGAGAGGGGUGGAGGUUUUUUCUAGUCAACAGCGGCUUUUCCAGUUUGGACAUUUUUGACAUUUGAAGUAGCUUCCUAGUAAGUCGCUGUGUGUUGGUUGUGAUGGCAGAAAUAGAAGAGCAACCUCAAGUUGCAGGCCCAGUAGAGAAAAGGGCACCUGAAGGCGAAAUCGAAGGAGAAGAGGACGAUGACGAGUUAGAUGAGACCCUUUCAGAAAGGCUUUGGGGGCUAACAGAAAUGUUUCCAGAUGGUAUGCGGAAUGCAGUGGGUGUCACGCUAAACUGUUCUGUCACCGUUGCAAAGAAGCUGUACAGUUUUACUCGUUCUGCUCUCUGGAUUGGCACCACCUCUUUCAUGAUCCUAGUCCUGCCUGUUGUCUUUGAAACAGAAAAAUUACAGCUGGAGCAACAGCAGUUGCAGCAACAGAGACAGAUCCUUCUUGGACCAAAUACGGGAAUGUCUGGUGCAAUGCCAGGAAUGCUACCACCUGGAAAAAUAUGAUUGAACCCUUCAUAUUUUUGUUCUGCUUCAACAGUAGAAGAAUAUAAUUAAAUUUAAGGCUUCAAAAUUUGCUGCAGGAAGGACUAAGUUGACUCUGAUCAUUGUUGGGCCAUUGUUACCCAAAGGUUUAUUCCUUUUGACUUUUGUUAUCAAAUUAAGGACAGCAGUUACACAAAUCAAGAAGUCAUGUUUGCAUCCACUGCUUUUUGACCUGCAAAAAGCACACAGGAUAAUAGUAAAACUUUUGACACAUGUUUAUUUUAUAUUGUCUUAAAUAAGUCAUGUAUGCUGGCAACAGGGCGUGGAUGUUUUUGAAAUUAAAACAUCAGUGUUUUGUGAAGUAAAUAAUUGGUUUUGUAAAAAUAAGGUUGUCUUGAGUCUAAAAUAUGUUUUUUCUCUUCUGUGAGUAAGAAUUUAUUUUACUAUCAUUUGAGCACGUUUUUUUUUUUAAAACACCUUUUUGGCAUCACAAUUUAUUAUUUCCAUUUUUUUAUUACUACUGUGUCUUGUUUCACCAAUUUUUUUAAUAAUCAAUUUAUUAACUAUCAAAUCCACAUAUUAACAGCCCUAAAAAAAAAUUACAUUAUAGUUGCUGUUUAAAUGUAACCAUUUAAGCCUGGUAGUUAAUUAUGUGAAAAUGAUUCCUGCAAUGCAACAAAGUUUCAUUUUCAUUUAUAGUUUUAUUUUGUUCUUACAAUGAAGACAAAAAAGGAUGACAUGUUAAAUUUACAUUUUGAAUAUUUAUGUAUUAACCUUUUAAACAAAGGCAGCAUUUCCUUUAAUUAACAUGACUGCUAAUUUGUAGAUGGAAAUAACCCAAUUUUCUUAUAUGGCUGUUUUUAGACAAGCUAUGAAGAUGGUUUACAUGUUUACAAUUGUUUGAAAAUCACUGUCAUUUGAGCCCUCCAGUCCGUGUAUGUUAAGAAAGCAAAUAUUUUUCAUUGUUAAACACUUUGCAAAAAAUUGACUUCUUGUUGCAUUUGUGCAGGGUUAUCAGCAUUAAACUAAUAAACCAAUGAGAUUAUUGCGAAAAUAUAUAAAAGUAGCCCGAAGGUCCUCAACAUAUGGACACAUAAUUGUUAACCUGAAAUUUAUUUGGGCCGUACAGAAAGAUGUUUAUUUUUUUUCUUAUCUUCCAAAUAAAGAGCAAAUUAACUGAG